AUGGCCUCCAAGCGGAUUCUGAAGGAGCUCAAGGACCUCCAGAAAGAUCCUCCAACCUCUUGCAGUGCCGGUCCCGUAGCAGAAGAUAUGUUUCAUUGGCAAGCAACUAUAAUGGGACCCCCUGACAGUCCUUAUGCUGGGGGUGUUUUUCUAGUCACAAUUCAUUUUCCUCCUGAUUAUCCAUUCAAGCCACCCAAGGUUGCAUUUAGGACUAAAGUUUUUCACCCAAAUAUCAACAGCAAUGGUAGCAUUUGUCUCGAUAUCUUAAAGGAGCAGUGGAGCCCUGCCUUGACAAUAUCUAAGGUGUUGCUCUCCAUUUGCUCCCUAUUGACAGAUCCAAACCCAGAUGAUCCCUUGGUCCCUGAAAUUGCUCAUAUGUAUAAGACAGACAGGUCCAAGUAUGAGACGACUGCUAGGAGCUGGACUCAGAAGUACGCAAUGGGCUAG